UGAAAAGCCAAACCCACAUAAAAUCCUAGACCCCGCUCUCAAAUAUUCUUGGUAUUACAACAAUCUUCUUAUGACCUCUGAUGUGGCCGAUCCAUAUCAACAAAAAGAUCUGAUUACUUAAUCUGCAAAUCGAGUAAGCGAUAACUACCACGAGAAAGAUGUAAUGGUAUGCGUACUAAUCACCAAUCUAGAAAAACACAUCAACUAGCUGGGCUGUUGGUAUAAACGCUGAUGAAUCGACGAGAUCAGUGGUGCAGAACAGGUUUCAGGAUUUGUCUCUCUUUAAUUGUGUAAUAUGUUUUGUUAAAAGUGGCAUACCUCAAGGCUCAAGGCUCAAGGCUCAAGGCUCAAGGCUCAAUGGUUGGCAGUGUAGAUUUUCCUAAAAAGGAUUGGUAAAACCAAUCCUUUCUUUGUUUGGGAAUGGGUCGUAAUAAAACUCAUAAGGGCAAUAAGAAAAUCUGAGUAGCAUUUGAUAUUGACCAUUGAGGGGGCUGAUGAGGCUGAGAUGGUAGUUUCAUCACAUCCAGCUUUAAUACAUAUCCGCCAUUGCAAGACCCUCCAGCAACUUAAGCAAGUCCACGCCCAAGCCAUCACAAGCGGCCUCAUUUCCCUGUUGCCUUCACUGGUGCUCACCAAAAUCCUCUAUACCUCAACCCUCUUUACUCCCUUGCCUUCUCUCCACUACCCAUUAUGCAUCUUCAACCAAAUCCCCAAUCCUUCAACUUUCUGUUACAACACAAUGAUCCGUCUCUACACACUCCUCUCUUCCCCUCUCUCUGCCCUCUUCCUGUUCGUCAAAAUGAGUCGCCUCUGUAUACCCCCUGAUACCCACACCUUCCCUUUUGCACUCAAGGCAUGUGCACGCAUCAAUGCAAUUUCUCUCGGCCAGACCCUCCAUUCACAAACCAUCAAGUUCGGGGUUCGUCCAGAUCUCUUUGUCCAAAACACCUUGAUUCAUUUGUACUCUAAUUCGAGUUUGAUGAUUGAUGCUUACCAACUGUUCGAUGAAAGUUCCAGUCGGGACGUUGUUUCUUACAACACAUUGAUUGAUGGGUUUGUCAAGGCUGGCGAGGUAGGCCGAGCAAGAGACAUUUUUGAUUCGAUGCCCGCAAGAGACGCUAUUUCCUGGGGUACCCUCUUGGCGGGAUAUGCCCAGAUGAACCAAUGCAAGGAAGCGAUUGAACUCUUUGAUCAGAUGCUUGAUUUGGGGGUGAAGCCUGACAACAUUGCAUUGGUUUCGGCUCUCUCUGCUUGUGCGCAAAUUGGGGCCCUGGAACAGGGGAAAGCAAUUCAUAACUACAUAGACCGAAACAGUGAUGGACUUGAUAAUUUCUUGGCAACUGCUCUGGUGGACAUGUAUGCCAAAUGCGGUUGUGUUGGAAUUGCUAGAGAAAUCUUUGAUUCGAGCCCAGAUAGGAACUUGUUUACAUGGAAUGCCAUGGUUAUUGGGCUUGCCAUGCAUGGGGAAGGUGAACUAGCUUUAGAGUAUUUAUCCAGGAUGAAGGAGGCUGGCAUUAGACCUGAUGGGGUUAGCUUCUUGGGUGUCUUGGUGGGUUGUAGCCAUGCUGGUCUGGUGAAUGAAGCCCGACGGCUUUUCAAUGAAAUGGAAAGCAUCUAUAUGGUUCGACGUGAGCUCAAGCACUAUGGUUGCAUGAGUGAUCUGUUAGGGCGAGCUGGUUUGAUUGAGGAAACUUUGCAGAUGAUAGAGGCAAUGCCAAUGAAAGGUGAUUUGUUUGUGUGGGGUGGUUUACUUGGUGCUUGUAGGCUCCAUGGGAAUGUUAAGAUUGCAGAGAUUGCGGCGAAGCAGAUAAUUGAAUUGGACCCAGAAGAUGGUGGUGUGUAUUCAAUCAUGGCAAAUAUCUAUGCCAACGCGAAAAGGUGGGAAGAUGUCUCAAGGGUGAGAAGGUUGAUGAAUGUUAAGAGGCUUAAGAAAAAUGCUGGUUGUAGCUUGAUUCAAGUGGGUGGGAUGAUCCAUGAAUUUGUUGCCGGGGAGAGGCGGCAUCCUCAGGUUGAUGACAUCUACUGGGUUUUGGAUGGAAUUGAAAGUCAACAAAAGUUGGAAGCGUGAUAGAAUCCAAGUGCCCAAAGCCUAGAGCAAGAGUAGAAGCAUGAGAGUUCUAAAGACCAUACGUAACUAUUUGCAUGUACAGUGGAUUUUAAGCUUAAAUCAAAUUGAAAAUUGAAGAUAAAUAAGGGGAAGCACUUCUGAUGGUCGACCCAAUAUUUUUUGAAGCUUAUCCUCACUCCAUGCGAGUCAAGUUUGAAGUCAAUGACAUAAAUGACGGUAUUCAGGCCAAAGGCCUGAUUAGCCCCGUGGGUCCAUACUGACUCCACAAUCACAUGGAUUAGAUCAUAUUGGGGUUGAAUGACAAUUAUUAUUAUUAUUAUUAUUAUCAAAUGGCUCUGUUUUUUAAUGACUCCCUAAAUGGUUCACCAUUUUGAGCAACAUGGACAAAUGAUGUACCAAUUAU